AGGAUCGGACCCGCAGAAUUCAACCGCAUGCGCUUAUUGUUACACGAAAGUUUUACAUUUGUUCCAUCUUACAGGCAGAAAAAUGGAUCUAAAUAUAAGAGUCUUUAAUUUUCUCGAGGAAAAAGAUUACCCAGAGCUCGCUGCUUUUUAUCAUGACGCUUUAUUUUGCGACUGGGAAGAGUCUCUCAGUACCUACGAAUUUCAUAAAAUAGAGCCUAUUGACUGGGAGGUAGUUUUUAUCGAUCGGCAGGAGAUUCUUGUAACGGGUAUAGCAGCUUUGUGCGCCUUCACUCAGGACAAUUUUGUUGGACCGAGCCUUCCUGCUGAAUACUCGGCCAAACUCAUGCCAGGUGUAAAAGCAGCUGACCUGUUGAAAUCAGAUGGAGAAGAGUUAAAUGAAAACGUUAGCUCGCCAGAGCUGUUGUACAUUUGUAAGAAAGCGUUUGAUGUACUUACCAUUGAGUCAGAAGAGCUCGGAAGCCCGGCGAGUUUUGAGGAACGACUAUGGUAUCUUCGAUAUUUAAUGAUACAUCAGCGCUGUUUAGACGAUCUCUCACACGAACUGUAUUCAAAAUUCGAUCGGAACACGGAACUGCUGGUGUCCACUUUUAGUACCAUAGACCAUUAUGGUUUAUUGGUACAGAGCCACAUCGAAAUAGCUCAAGGCUACAUUUUCUUCAAACGAAUCACUAAGUCAGAGCAAUGGAUGAAGUCGUUGAAGGAUAUUUCUGGUAUCGAACUAACCGUUGAGGGAGCACUUGGAGUAAGAACACAACAUCAGCAAAAUCCAUUACCGCAGCUAACGUUACGAGUCAAUAUUCUUAACUCACGACAGCUGAAACCAGCUGCUGAAACGCAUGGUGAAAUAAUUCUUCCAAGUAUGUUAAACCUUGAUGAUGAUUUGCGCUUGGAGAAAACGCAAUUUAUUGCAGAGGAAGAAAAUAAAGAUGUGCAGCUGCCCAGUUUGGUACAGGAAAUCAUAUUCACAAAUCUACUCUAUUUAAAACACUCCCAGCCUAGGGAUAAGUUAGCCGACGAAGAGCUACAGCCGUACCUUACGACUUUGCUGUACCAAAAACAUGGCCCUUUGGCGACUAGAAUUGCAGCUUUAUUGUUCAACAUUCAGCUGGAAGCGAAUCACAAAAGAACAGUCGAACGUUCGUUUAAACAAUGUGAAGAUCUGAUUCGCCAGCUAGAUGGUGGUUCGAAUCCUCUGCAACACAGAUUAGCCUACGCAUUUGCCUCUGGAUUAACGCCUCGAUGGCAAAUAAAGGCCACUCUUGGACGUCUAAGGGUUAGCUUAGGAAUGACGAAAACUGCUUUGGAUCUUUUCCUUGAGUUGCAUCUUUGGGAAGAAGUAAUUGCAUGUUAUACCACGUUGGAUUUACGACACAAAGCAGCAGAGAUUAUCCAACAGGAAAUAAGCAAAAAACCAACAGUAUUGUUGUAUUGUUUGCUGGGAGAUGCAACCGAUGACGUAGGCUGUUACGGGAAUGCAUGGGAGCUAUCAAAAGAAACCAGUGCCAGAGCACAGCGUCAUUGGGGCAAUUAUUACUUUGCCAAAAACCAAUUUGCUGAGGCGAUUCCGCAUUUUCAAAAAUCAAUCCAAAUCAAUUGUCUUCAGGAGACUACUCUCCUUAGACUUGGGUUCGCCGCUUUGCAGCUUGAACAAUGGGACGUAGCAGCCGAAGCUUACAGGUUCUAUACAUCCUUAGAAUCGCAUGGAUUUGAAGCAUGGAACAAUCUAGCUAAAGCCUACGUUAAACUAGGACAAAAAACACGAGCCCAUAAAAUAUUGCAAGAAGCUCUAAAGUGUAAUUUUGAUAACUGGAAAGUGUGGGAAAAUUUUCUUCUUGUAAGUAUAGAUACCAAAAACUACGAAGAUGCUAUAAAUGCAUAUGAGCGUCUCAUGGAGUUGAAGGACAAAUUUGAAGAUCACGAAAUUUUGGAGAUUUUGACUAAAGUUGUCUUUGAAGGAGCGCUGGACGCUAGUGACAAUUCGUCGCAGCGAUUAACAAAGAAGAUGCUUCAGCUUCUUGGGCAUGCAUGUGCUAGAAAUGUAAGUAAUGGCUAUUUGUAUGAGUUGUCGGCUCAACUAGAGGGAGAAGAUAUGCUUAAAAAAGCCAAUAAGCUGCAAAACGCUUAUCGCGCAUAUACACAAAGUAAUAAUCAGUGGUCAAAGGCGCCCGAUAGUAGCGAAAAAAUAUUAAAAAUAUGCAUUGAGCUAUGCAAAAACAGCUUGCAAGCAUUUUUCAACGCGAAACAUGACCUGGAAAUGUGUCAAGCGGUAAAAUCUCAACUGUCCUCGGCAAGAUUAACCGGUCAAGGAUGUCUCCGAGCGGCCAGUAAUGAAAACUGGGAACAAAAUGCUGACCUGGUUAAUCAACUCAAAUAUGUCAUAGAAGCACUCAAUGCAGAGUUAACAGAUAGUGCAAAUCAGUAAUAUGAAGCGUACAAAUUUAAAUUCAAUUAAGUAUAAUAUAAA